UAUCCUCUCCGUUGUAGUCGCCGUCGCGGUAGCCAAGACCGACAAGGGUGAUGUUGAGGCGCUCAAUGUGUUGUUCACUAGCAUGAACAAGCCCUCUGAAUUGUCCGGCUGGAAGGCGGACGGUGGUGAUCCGUGCGACGACGACGAUGAGUGGAAAGGCAUCGACUGCAGCGGCUCGGACGUUACAGAAAUUGACUUGUCGGGGCUUGGGUUAAGCGGCACGCUGGGCUAUAAGCUUUCGAGCAUGAAAUCAGUAACUAAACUUGAUGUGAGCAACAACAAUCUCAACGGCGACAUUCCAUAUUCUCUUCCACCUAAUCUGGUCCAACUCAAUCUGCAAGGGAAUUCCUUCUCCGGUGGGCUUCCUUUUUCGAUAUCUAAGAUGUCUGAUCUGGAAACACUAAAUCUUGGUAAGAAUCACUUAAAUGGGCAGUUGGCAGAUAUAUUUUCGCACCUUCCAAAGCUCUCAACGAUGGAUCUCUCUUUCAACCGCUUCUCAGGUAACCUGCCCCAUAGUUUCCAAUCCCUCACAGGCAUCAAGACACUGAAUUUGGAGGACAACCAAUUCAGUGGUCAUAUUGACAUUCUGGCCAAACUUCCUCUUGAUGAUCUGAAUCUGCAGAACAACAAGUUCACUGGGUGGAUUCCAAGUAAACUGAAAGACAUUGACAGUCUCGAGACUGGUGGAAACCCGUUGUCAUCCGGGUCAGCUCCUCCUGGUAUGAUGAAGGGAUCUUCAGCUGUAAGCUCAUCAAGUGGCGGGAAUGAUGGCGGAAUCAACGGUUUUGCUAUCGGAGCAAUGGUGAUAGCUGUGCUCCUUGCAGCUCUUAUUCUCUUGUCAGUGUUGAAGAGGAAAAGAUCCUCUCCCGUCUCAUCUCAUUACUACAUGGACGACUCAGGUCAUUCUUCAACAAUCGACAUGAAGUCGCUGGAGAACUCGUCAUCGAUGGAUUGUAGAACACCCCCUGCUGUGCCUCGCAAGUCGAUCAAUGAUAACGAGUUUGAGAACAAACUGAACAAUUCAAGGCGAAUCUCGGAUCCGAUCAGCCCGGUGACAUACUUGUCAUCAGACCUGCAAACAGCCACUGGCAGCUUCCAUAGCAGCAGGCUAAUAGGUCAGGGAACGACCGGCCGUGUUUACAAAGCAAAAUAUGUCGAUGGACGGGUCCUGGCUGUCAAGAAGUUUGAUCCAUUGAGCUUCUCAGGGAGCAGUGACUUCAUGGAAAUCGUCAACAGCAUCUCCAAGCUGCGGCACGCGAACAUCUGUGAGAUUGUAGGUUACUGCUCAGAUCCUGGGUACUACAUGCUGGUGUAUAACUAUCAGUCAAGUGGAUCCCUCUAUGAGUUCCUGCACUUAUCAGACGAUUACAGUAAGCCUCUUACGUGGGACACCCGGGUUCGGAUCGCUCUCGGUACAGCUCGUGCUCUGGAGUACCUGCAUGAAGUCUGCUCACCUUCAGUCAUCCACAAGAACGUAAAGUCAUCCAAUGUCUUGCUUGAUGCUGAUCUCAACCCUCGCCUUUCCGAUUGCGGCCUCACAUUCUUCUACGAGGUUCCUGAUACAAGUGAGAGCUUAGGGCCAGGGUACAGUGCCCCAGAGUGCACAAGGUCAUCUGGUUAUGUGAUGAAGAGCGACGUCUACAGCUUCGGUGUGGUCAUGCUAGAGCUAUUAACCGGUCGGAAAGCCUAUGACAGCUCAAAGCCAAGAGCAGAGCAAUGCUUGGUCAAGUUUGUGACACCGCAGCUUCACGACAUCGAUGCCCUGGGAACACUGGCAGACCCCGCUCUGCGCGGUCUGUACCCGCCCAAGGCACUGUCCCGCUUUGCCGAUGUCAUCGCACGCUGUGUCCAGUCUGACCCAGAGUUCCGUCCAUCCAUGUCGGAGGUGUCGCAGAUGCUCACCGGCUGCAUCCAGCGCACCACCAGCAACAGGAGGAUCGGUGGCCCACUGAGCACCUCCCAACGCAGUGACACCUCUGAUUGGUGAUGCCUCCACAGCAUCUAUCUCAUCACCGUGUCAAAAUGUACAAAGUUCUGAAACCUGGUUGCAAUUGCCAUUGCUAGAACAGUAUGGGAAUAAACAGGAUUGGUUAAUCUAGAUAAGGUAAAAAGCGAGUGUGUGGGGUGGUCAGUUUCUACUUUAGUGAAUAUGUCAUGUUUCAAAGUUCAAAGUUGAAACUGUAGUGAAUAUGUAAUGUACUGAAUUCUUCUUUCCCCGUGUAAAGAGCAAAUGUAAAUCUGACACUUUACUGAUUGGUUUUUGGCCAAAUACAACAAGGUAAUGCUAGAGAAGAAAAAA